UUAUUACUCGAGGACUACUUUCCUAUUUUAAUACUUUAAUACUCUAUGAAUCCUCUCAACUACCAAAUCACAACGUACAUAAGGACAUACUACAUCUGGGCAAUUGUUGAUAACUACGACCACCAUCACGAAAGUCUCUUCAUACUCAUACUCAUACUCAUACUCACACUCAUACUCCAUACUCUCCACACUCCACAAUCUACAAUCUACAAUCCACAAAUCCAUCACCACCUAUCAACCUUCCCCAACCAUCUUCAACUUUAUUCGUACUACACGAGACCCGUCGGUCAAGUCAUUCAACUUCAUAAACUGACUAAUACACCAACUUCCAUUUCAUCCGAGUAAUUAUUCCCUGGCCCAUACAAUCAUGGGGGAAUGAACAAGAGUUUCUUUCUAUAUUCUCAUGUUACAUAUAUGUUCAAUCAUAUAUAUUUUCAUACUCAUAACUGGCCUGACACCGAUUAUUGGUCAUCACGUCAAAUACACCCCGUACUGGUGGCGUUAGAUCUGCCCUUCCCCCGGCUCAGAAGAUGCCUCCACCCCCCAAGAAAAAGCCCGGAAAGGUUCGCAUCCCGGAUCACUUACGAAAAAGAGCCCUUGUCUCUUGCGAUCGCUGCAAACAGCGUAGAAUUCGUUGUUCACGAGUGGGUGAAGAACCCUGUCUGAAUUGUGUGGAAGCCAAUGUGAAUUGUGAAUGCACCCUUCCUCGAAAGACGAGAAUUUAUGGAAGUAUCGAAAGUCUUACUACCCGGUAUCGCGUUCUAGAUGCAUUAAUCAAAGGCUUGUUCCCUCAGAAGGAUACAAAUGAUAUCGACGUCCUAUACGAGAUUGCUGCAGCUCACGACAUAACUUUACCUGAUUUCACCGCCGAUAGUCCCGGUAGGCAUAUUAAUGAUGUCUUUGCCCAAUUCCCGAAGGCACUGGCAUCAUCACCGACUUAUUCCGAUCCUAGCCAGCGGACCAUGAAAGAUGAGCCAUCACCAACAGAGAAAUCAGUUACCUUACCCAGCUCACCACAAGAAGCCCUUGUUCCAACACCUUCGGGAGGAGAAUCGCAUUUCGUCGGACCCUCUUCAAGCUUUGGAUUUGCGCUCAGUUGUCGUAUGUUGGUAAAACCAUAUGCUGAUAACUUGAGGAUUGCUCAACCGAAUCAUUCAAAUUUACAGUUGAUGAUGGACUUUGCGAAUUCAAGAUGGAGUAAAGCCUUAGAACCAAAAGCUGCCGAAGAACGUCAAACGGCUCCUGGGCCGGCGGAUCUAGAGCGAGCGGCGCAUUUAUCUGGAAAUUAUCACGUGCCUCCAAUUGUUCCGGGAAAAGAUCCUUCGGAAAAGGAACCUCUAUGUUCACUCCUGCCCUCUCGAGAGAUUGCAGAUGUCCUUAUUAGGUCUUUCUUUGAUCGCGUUCAUCCAACUUUUAUGAUUUUCCACCGUCACUCUUUUGAACAGCGUUAUGACACGAUGUGGAGCCAACUUAAUGUUCAAGUACAAGAUUUCGAAUCCGGAUGGCUAUGUUCUGUUCUUAUGGUUCUAGUGCUCGGCGCUCAAGCUCUUGAGCCACACGAUGAUUUGUACAUUGAUUAUACUCAGAAUUAUAAAUCAUGGGUGCAAUCAAGGGCUUCUCAACUUCAGGUUUCAAGUACCUUGGUCAAUAUUCAAGCUCUACUCCUCUUACACUUGUAUUUACACAACAUAUCCGAACGUAAUUUAGCUUCUAUUAUGUUACGAGCUGCUUCCACCAUGGCCACGAUUCUUGGGAUGCAUAGAGAAGAGGGCAAUAACCGCAAUUCAAUCGAGAGUGAAUUACGACGUCGUAUAUGGUGGACAAUUUAUGUACUCGAACAAAACGCAUGCACGACACUGGGUAGGCCUUGUUUCAUCGAUGAUAAUGAGGUCUGUGUCGGAUUCCCCAAUGAAGAUCUACUCGAUGGCGGCGCCUGUGUGCCUAUGAAUUAUGUUGAGGAGUUGGUUCAUUUGACCAAACUCAUGGCGGAAACUAAUAGAAUGAUAUAUCCCCCUCGUUCAAUGCCGACCCCUUAUACAGACAAACAAAUGAUCAACAACGCCAACCGAUUAAUCAUGGAUUUGGAAACAUGGCACCAUCGUUUGCCGCUCCAUCUUCGUCUCGACUCUCAAACUCAAUCAGUUACCCACAUGCGAGCGAUUUACCUACUUCAUCUUCAAUUCCAUCAUACGCAAUCUCUUGUCGCUCGUCCAUUCAUAAUACGGAAAGUAGCUGCACAACUAGGUCGAAAAUUAGGAAAGCAGACUCGCUGUAGCAACAUUAUCAACGAUGAAGAAGUUAAGCUGGGGUCCAAAUGCUGCCUCUAUUCCAAGCAAUCUAUUUUGCUUGUCCAUCAACUUAUCACUUCAGGCCAAUUCAAUGGUAUAACUUGGAUGGAUUCUUAUUACGUCUACCAUAGUGUAAUGGUUAUUUCCUUGGAUUUCCUAGGCAAAGAUGAGCCAUAUAGUAACGAAGAUAUGUCUCUUAAAAAGGCUGUCUUUGAUAUAAAAAAUGCCAUGGACAACAUUCGUCUCUGUCCACUCUUCGCCAUGCUCACACAGGUCGCCUUUCAAUUAGCUCAAAUUGGAGACCUCAUCGAUAAUCACACAUCUAAUGCACAACCUCAACAAAUCGACAGCAGGCAUCUACAAUCAAAUGUUCAAGCAGCAUCCGGUAUCGAUUUCUCUCUUGAAGACUCUCGGCAGCAAACCGAUAUGGGUGAUAUCAUCGAAUAUAUUUUAAAAGGGAAUCAUAUGCAUAUCCCAUGGAAAAUUGGACCGGAUGGUUUUGCUCCUACUCCCGAAGUUUUAGCAGAACCGAUGAUGGACCAAUACAUGAACAGUAUUAUACCUGUUAUGGAUGAACAUACCGUCGCCACGACUAUGCAGGGACAGAUUCAACCACAACAAACAUACGUGAAUUGGCAAACAGGUGGAUAUGGCGUUUUGUCUGCACAUGCUCAAUAUGGAAAUCCAACACCAAGUCCAACGCAUGUCAGUGUCAAUGGAAAUGGCCACGUUCAAGCACAAUACGCAGCUCAGACCGUUCCAUCACUUCUCCAUGCUAAUACUAAUAUUCACACUCACACUCACACUCACCCAUACCCACAGUAUGGAAAUCAAACAACAAAUCCUUCGCGCGUCAAUACUUUAAAUGUGAAUACUCUUGCUCAAAACCAAUAUGCAAAUCCCACCCAGCAGGGUCUAUCGCUUACGAAUGCUGGUGCUCAUGGGCUUAAUUAUGAUAUUCAGAGGAAUGGUUAAUGAAUGCUUUAUGAGUGAGGGUUUGUGGAUUUUAUUUGGUGGGUUUGAUGGUUUAUGGUUUGAUGGUUUAUGGUUCAUGGUUGAUGGUUCAUAAUUGAUGGUUCAUGAUUUUGAUAGGUUUGAUGAUUGAUUAAUGGGUUAAUGGGUUAAUACCUAAUAAACUUAUGCUUUUGUGUACAUAAUAUACUUAUCUGGUUUGGUUGGCUUAUGAAUAUAAAUAUAAGUAUGGGUAAUAUUAAUAUGAUUACUUCGAUUGGGAGUUGCUGGUUAGAAAUGGAUUUGAAACUUAAAGAUCGAGAUGGGAGGGCAGUUGAGAGUCGGGAGUAGGAGUAUGGAAUAGAAAUAGAAAGAGAAAUGAGGAGAGAGAGAUGGGGAAUAAGGAAUUAGAAAAAACU